AUGCAACCAAAACAUAUGUUGCACAAGAGCCAAUUGAAAGGUCUGGAUGCAGAACUGGGCUUCAGGUUUAGAGAUUUGAAGAAAGUCAGAGGUAAGGGACUUGUCAGAAAUUAGCAGGGGGGGAGGGGGGGUGGAAAACAGGGGAGGGUCAUAAUUUUUUGAGCCCUUCAAAAGGGAGGGUCAUGAAAAAAUAGACAGCAAAAAAGGGAGGGUCACGAGAAAUUAAGCCAUUGUGAUCAUAAAGAGUUUUUUAAUAUGUUUAAUGUUUAUAUUUCAAAACUACAAAGCUAUUGAAAGUAUAAAUGUAAACAACCCAACUUUUAAUAUAAAAAAGGGUUCCAUAUCAAUGGAAUUCACGAAUUGAUUGACAAAGUUGAUGGGGACACCACAGAAAAUGCAAAUUGUCUUUGGGCACAUCUAGAGAAAGUUAAUGUCCUCUGCAAGACAACAAUCACAUUCAUUGGAAGCCUACAAUUGCCACCACUUUGUGACUACAUUCUUCAAGCAACUGAUGCUGGACCAGGCGUUGGUGUUUCUAACGUAGAGGUGAAGUACAGAGACGUUGAGAUGUCAAGAAUUAAUGAAUGGAUGCACAUGAAUAGGAUUCACAGGGCGCCUCACGACUCGAGCCAAAAUGAGGCUGAGCGUUCCAACGCUGCCAUUGGUGAAGCUUUGGUUGACGGCAGAGCAUUAAAGUGGGAAUAUUUUAAGCCAGCGGAUAUCAUGAAUGAGGAAGAAUUUAAGAAACUCACUGUUGCUGAGAUCAAGAAGCUUGAGGCAGAAACGAUGGAGCGUAACGCGUGGAAGGUUUCAGAGGAGGUUGUGUCAAGAAUUGAUGGUGAGCCUGGUCCUGCAGGGGACUGCAUGAAAGCGUUUGUAACAAAAAAGAAUGACCAGCAGUUCUUUUUUAACACUGAAUACCUGCAGAAAUAUGCUGGAAAAUCAGAAAAGAAGAAAGUUCAAGUCCCUGGGCACCACUACUUCAAAAAAAUCGAUAGCAUUAUUGCAACAUGCAUGAGUUCUGGAGAAAUGUUUCAUGAGUACUGUGUUGACCAGGCAGUGCCUCCAACUCCUCGUCCAGUUCCAGACAUCACCAAGCUCCCAAAUUUCCACUACUUACCUCUCGAAGAUACACCAAUAAGAAAGGAAAAUGGUAAUAGAAGGGAGGUAGAUGAUUUCCACCCUAGAGCACGCUUGAGAGCACUUCAUAAAGAGAAAGCAAUCAAUGUAGAGGAUGCUUUAAGUGUUAAAGCCUUCUGUAACAAAUACAUUGUCGAGGAGAACCUUGUAAAGUCAUACCUAGAGCAUCUAAACCAUCUAGAAAUGAUGAAUGACAAGAGGAAAACUGAAACGAGAGACAAAAACUUACAAGAAAACAACAUGUCUUGUGAAGAUUUUGACUGGCAGAAAAUGUUCAACGAGGGAACCUUGGCAAAACAGCAUGUUUGCAUACUUGACAAGUACAUUGAAAAGUAUAAUCUAUCUGCAGUGAGAAACAAGAAAAAAAACAGAGAAAGUCAGUGCUAUCGUCCAUCAUUUACAAUAUGCUGUUUCUGCAAGUGA